AUGCCAUCCGAGUUCUAUAUUAGCCAGUCUCUGAGAGUGUUAAAGUUGAGCAAUGCUACUCCUACCAGAUUGAUUUUGAACCAAACGGUGGCCUUAACGAAUUUGAAGUUUCUCCAACUCAAGAACUUCUUGUUUACGCAUCAGAAUUUCAAUGCACAGAUCUUUUCUGGGUGCCCAAAUCUUGAAACUUUGGUUUUGCGCAAAUGUGCCAUUAGUCCUGGGGAUAAACUGAAGGUUUUGAAUGUUUCAGGGCAUAAACUCAAUGAGAUACAGAUAUUACCUGGGAGAUUUCCUUGGGCCUAUGUUUAUGAUCAACAAAUAGAGAUUUGUGCACCAAGACUCGCUUGUUUUAAGUGCAAAGGCACUAUUCCUGCAGUGUCCUUUAAGGGAAACAUGCCUCGUUUGGACAGAGUGUCUAUAGACUUGGAUCAUACAAGUUCUUAUGAAAUGGGUUGUGCAACUGAGAGAAAAAAUAAGAUGGAGGAGAUCUUGAUUAACAUGGUUGGUGAUCUCUGGAACGCGCCGUACAUCUUCCUGUCCUUGAAGACUAUGAUGAUUCUCCUCGACAUUUCUAAUCUAUGUGAACGUGGAGCCUCUACAUUAAGGGGUCGAAGUUUGAAAGCAAAUAAUAGCCACACAGACAGGAAUGGAUCUUCUGAUGCUAUUAUCGACCCCUGGACCGCUGCCAUUGAGAAGCCCUUGAUCUUGGAUCUCCAAAAGGAACACAGAAUGUGUCCAAGUUUUGAAGUCAAACGUAAAGGGAAAAUCUUGCUGUAUGCACCAACAUAUGUUACGACCUACUUACACCAAAGCUUUCCACGUGCAGACACUUUCACUUUCGAGCUUCCUGAGUCAGAUCUUAUGACUCUUAUCCAAUGA